GGGCUGGCAGACCGGGUCAUGAGAGGAUACACCAUGUCCCUGUUGGCACAGAGGAUGGUCUCCUAACCCAGUACGCACAUUCAGGAUGCCUGCAGGCGGCUAGGACUCCAUGUCCUCACCAUGGGCUGCCCAGGCUGGUCAGUAGCCCUUUAACCCGGAGAGAGCCCAAACCCCACCUCUCCCCUGUGGGAUGGCUAUUCCAAGUGUCCUGGAAGGGACUCAAAGCUCAGGUUCCCACAGCACCUACCUGACUGUGUCUAGUCAUUUGGCCUCUGUCCAUGCAAGUUUCCGGGUUCCUAAUGUCAAAAUGAUGCAACUGUCCGCUGGAGAUGCCAAGGGCCUGAAGGGUGUGAAUGCAACCUGGAAGAUACAACAGAUAUGGUGGGACCUGGGGCCAGGGCUGCUGUUGAUCUUCUGGUUAUAGGGCUGAGUUCCUCCAGUGAACCAGGCGCCAUCCUGGCCUCUCACUUCCUUCCCAGACCAGCUCUCUCCAGGAAGAGACCAGUCAAUCCUCGUGGGCAUCUCCUGCUGUGAUCUGGGGGAGACCAUGUUCAAGCGCCCCAACUGCCUGCUGAGGAUGCUCAGGGGCACCCCCAGACAGCGGGUCUUCACUAUCUUCAUUAUCAGCUUCAAAUUCACAUUCCUUGUCUCCAUCAUGAUCUACUGGCACACUGUGGGUACACCCAAUGACCACGAACCACAGAACAGCCUGCCAGUGGACGUCCCCUGCCCCCAGCUGGCCUCACCUGGCAUCUUUGUCCCAGGCAACAUCUUCUUCCUAGAGACCUCAGACAGGACCAAACCUAGCUUUCUGUUUAUGUGUUCCGUGGAGUCGGCUGCCAGGGCACACCCAGAGUCCCGGGUGGUGGUGCUCAUGAAAGGGCUGUAUAAAGACAAGACAGCCCUGCCUCAGAACCUUGGCAUCUCCCUCCUGAGAUGCUUCCCCAAUGUCCAGAUACAACCUCUGGACCUGAAGGAGCUGUUUCAGGACACGCCGCUGGCAGCCUGGUACUUGGAGGUGCGGAGCAGCUGGGAGCCCUAUCUGCUGCCAGUGCUGUCUGAUGCCUCCAGGAUUGCGCUUCUAUGGAAGUUCGGUGGCAUCUACCUGGACACAGACUUCAUUGUCCUCAAGAACCUGAGGAAUCUGACCAACACGCUAGGUGUCCAAUCCCGGUACGUCCUCAACGGAGCCUUCCUGGCCUUCGAGCGCCACCAUGACUUCUUGGAACUGUGCAUACGUGACUUUGUGGACCACUACAAUGGUUGGAUUUGGGGCCACCAGGGCCCCCAACUGCUCACCCGAGUCUUCAAGAAGUGGUGUUCCAUCCGCAGCCUGAAGGAGAGCCACACUUGCCGUGGAGUCACUGCUCUGCCCCCUGAGGCCUUCUACCCCAUCCCCUGGCAGGACUGGAAGAGAUACUUUGAAGACAUCAGCCCUGAGGAAAUGGCACGGCUACUCAAUGCCACCUAUGCUGCUCAUGUGUGGAACAAGAAAAGUCAGGGUACACACCUAGAUUCCACAUCCAGGGCUCUGCUGACCCAGCUACAUGCCCGCUACUGCCCCACAACACAUGAAGUCAUGAAGAUGUACUUGUGAGGACCCUGCAGGCUGUAUCAGCACCGUUACUGCCUUCCCCAGGGAGGCAAGGUGAGCAGGAGGGAAAGAGGGCUCUGAGCUGUUGCUGCUGAUUUUAGAAGAGACCGAGGCUGGCCUGGGGAAUAUGUGCCGCCUCUGUACACCUGCCCCUCCGGGCCAGAGUGAGACUGGUUGAUACACUUUGUCCAGUGUUCUGGGCUGUCAAGUGGGUCUAGAAUUAGUAGCAUCUGGGGCCUUAAGGAGCUAGAUCAGCAAGCCUGGAACACUGAAGAGCAUUCUAAGGCAAGAAGACAGAUGAGGCCAGGAGCAGAACUCAGAGAGGCCUGGGUAGAAAUGCUAAGAAGGGUGGGGCUCUCCCAGCUUCAUGAGCCCAAGGGGAGGGGCAGAACUCUCUGGGAAUCUUUCCUCCCUUGGGGCACCGCUGUGAAGAUCUGCCACAGCCCAUUCCAGCAAGCAGGGGAAGUAGAAAUUCCUGGGGAAAGUGUUUUUUGUUUUGUUGUUUUGGUUUUUCAAGACAGGAUUUCUCUGUGUAGCCUUGUUGUCCUGGAAUUUGCUCUGUAGACCAGGCUGGCCUUGAACUCACAGAGAUCCACCUGUCUCUGCCUCCAAGUGCUGGGAUUAAAGGGAUGCACUACCACCACCUGGCUGGAAAAAGUGUUUUAAAUCACCGCCCCACCUUUGUAGACACUGGAGGCGCUAAUAAAAGUGACUUACCAACACCUAA